AGAACCAAAAUGUCACCAGUGGCCUUGCUACUUUUCCUGCUGACGCUUGGAGGAAUCACCUCCUCCGGCUGGGCCAUUCGUGUCAAGGGAAACGCCACCGGAGUGGGUGUAUACAAGGAUCAGAGGGUCAUUGGUGGUGAGGCGGCUCCGGAGGGUUUCGCUCCUUAUCAGAUCUCCCUGCAGGGCCUCUCCGGUGCCCACUCCUGCGGUGGAGCCAUCAUCGCCGAGCAAUGGGUCCUUACCGCCGCCCAUUGCGUGGUCAAUGCCAAUAUCGAGUUUCUGGUCGUGGUCACUGGCACCAAUCAGUACAAUAAGCCAGGUGGCAGGUACUUCCUCCAGGCUAUCCACAUCCACUGCAACUAUGACAGGCCAGAGAUGCACAAUGAUAUCGCCCUCCUGCAUCUGAAGGAACCGAUUGUGUGGAACGAACGCACCCAGCCCAUUCCCACGGCCAAGAUGCCCAUGAAGCCAGGUGAUGAGGUUGUACUCACCGGCUGGGGCUCUACGGUUCUUUGGGGCAUCGCUCCCAUCGAUCUCCAGGUGGUCUAUCUCCGCUAUGUGCCACAUCUAGAGUGCCUGGGACUUUUAAGCAACGAUCCUGCCUGCGAUGUGGGUCACAUUUGCACCUUUUCGCGGCAGGGCGAGGGAUCUUGCCAUGGUGACUCUGGCGGACCGCUGGUCAGCAAUGGCUACCUGGUGGGUUUGGUCAACUGGGGCUGGCCAUGUGCCACUGGAGUGCCGGAUGUCCAUGCCAACAUCUUGUUCUAUGUGGAUUGGAUGCGCAACAUCAUGAGUGGCAAUGUGAAAUGCGGAGGCUUCAGCACCAGGCAGGUCUAGGAGUUCCGUAUUCCACUUGAGGCUAUCGUUGUCCAUAAAAUUGGCCAGUUUAUAAGGCAACGAUAAACUGUGGCCCUCGAUAAGACCCAAUGAAACUCAUUAAUAAAGUUUUGAUAGCGAUGAAA